AUGCAUCGAGUUGAAAAUCGAACAAGUGCUCUUUGGAGUGUCAGCUAUUUAUCUGAUACAACUCGUGAAUCGAAAGCUGCUGGAACAAUAUCUGAUAAUGAGAUUGAUGAGAUUUUAACUGAAGCUAAAGAACGUACAAAAGUUUACGGUGAACCAAUGCCUACAUUAUUCAAAGAGACAUUACGUAGCAGUGUUGCUGUUUUCAAUGCCAAAGAUAUGACACCCUUUCGAAAUCAUGGUUCAGUUAUUUUCAUUGGUGAUGCUCAACAUGCUAUGAGUCCAUUUGCUGGGAAUGGAGCAAAUAUGGCUAUCAUGGAUGGUUAUCAACUUGCAGAUCAAUUAGUUCAUGCUAAAGACUUAACGACAGCAAUACAGUCUUAUGAUUAG